UAAUAUUUGACAGGCUUGGACCUGUUGCAACUUGUUGAUGUUGUUUAUAAAAAAAAAAUUGAUACUGAUAAUAAAAUAUAGCUGUAUUAAUAAAAAUAAAUCAUAUAAUUGAAGAAAGUAGUGAAUAUAGUAGUGAUGACACAAACACAAGUGGAAAUGAUAUACAAAAAAAAAUUAAAAAAAGUUGUGAUAUAAACAAAUGUGUUGAUGAAAUAAGUGGUAAAAUAAACAGUGUAUCACAAAGAACACUUGAUAAUGUUCAAGAAGAUGGUGAUGAUAGUAAUGACAGUUCACAAAGAACACUUGAUAAUAUUCAAGAAGAUGAUGAUAAUGAUGACAGUACACCACAAGAAAUAAUAGAUGAAGUUGAAAUGAUUAAAAUUAAAUUAUUACCAACAAUUUCAAGAGAAAAAUAUGAUGUUGAAUAUAAGAAAUUUUUAUCAUGGAAAAAUAAACAAAAAAAUGGUAAAAUAAAUGAAAAUUAUUUAUUAAUUUAUUCCAAAGAAUUAAAAGUAUCAUUUGCAUCAUCAAGCUUGUGGAGUAAAUAUUCCAUGUUAAGAUCCACAAUACAAACAUAUGAUGGUAUUGACACAUCAUCAUAUAAUUUAUUGAAAAUGUUUUUAAAGAAGUCAACAACUAAUCUACGAGUUAAAAAAUCUAAACAAUUUUCUGCACCGGAUAUUGAAAAAUUUUUACUGUCAGCACCAGAUAGUGAAUACCUAGCAAUGAAAGUUGCCAUGAUAUUUGGCAUUUGUGGUGGAUUAAGAAGAGCAGAGCUGACAGAAUUAAAAGUAUCUGACAUUAAAAAAGAAGAAGGUAUAAUAGUGGUCAACAUCGUUAAAAAAAAAAACAAAGCUCCUCAAUUAUUUACAAUACAUGAUGAGUUUGUGAAUUAUGUUGAUAAAUAUCUGGAAUUAAGACCUGAUAAUGCAACAAGUGAACGUUUUUUUUUUAAAUAUAACAAAGGGAAAUGUGCAAACCAAAAUAUUGGUAUAAAUACGUUUGGUAAAAUGCCACAUUUAAUAGCAAAAUAUUUAAAACUCAAAGAUCCAGGUUGUUAUACUGGGCAUUCGUUUCGACGAACUGAUGCUACACUUUAUACUGAUGCUGGAGCUGACAUUUCAAUGCUGAAAAGACAGUUCAAAUGGAAAUCUGACAGUGUAGCAAUGGGAUAUGUGGAAGACUCAAUUCCACAAAAAUUAAAAGCUGGUAAAAUGAUCACUGGUAAUAUUAAUUUGAAUAAAAAAAGAAGUAGCUCAUUUGAAACACCAUGUGUUAAAAAAGUACACCGAGAAAAUCGUAAAAAUAUCAACAGCAUUGCAAACACUGGUUCUGGAUCAAUUGAUUAUAAUAAUAUUACCAAUUAUGGUGCAUCUACAUAAAAAAAAAAGAUCAAAUUAAUACAAUAAAUUCACAAUCAGCUGAUGAAGAAACACCAGAACCAAAUAGUGUUAAAUCAAACAAUAAUAAAAGCAAGAGAAACAAUGUCACAGUUAUAUACCAUUUACAUAACUGCACAAAUUUAUCAUUCAGAGCAAAAAUAAAACAUCUGAGCCCCUCUCAAAAUGCCUUACCCGGGAUUAUAAUAAUAAGUACUAUUUUUUUAUAGUUCUUGAGGAUACAAGAAUACGUUUUCGUUGUUUUUUGAAAAUUUCGAUUAUUUUAAUUGUUAUUAAUAAAUGAAUUUUUUGCUAGUGUUAAUUGAAAAAAAUGAUAUCUAUUGAUCUGCUAGAAGGAAAUAAAUAAUUUUUAUACAGAAUAUUGAAAAUGAACCGAUCUUUUUAAAAAAAAUAAAAUAAUAAAUUUAAAUCAAAAA